AGCUCGCACUCUCUCUGCAAGAGCCGAGUGUACAACGCAAGUCCGAGUAAUGUUAUAAUAAUCAGCCGGCCAAAUUCUUCGAUUGCGUGCGAAGCAAUACAUAUCAAACGUCAAUCGUCAAAUCAAAUCUUCUAAAAGGAUUGUGUUUUUAAUUGAAUAAAAAACGUGCGUCAGUUCUAUGAGUUAUAAGAAUUCAGACUUUCGACAAAAAUGAGAAAUUAGACUUGUCCAUCGAAGAGGGAAUCUCAUGGAAACAUUAACUAUGGCAAUCCCCGAAUCUCUCAUGAAAGAUAAUUUCUCUAUUCCGGUGGAUAAUUCGCCGAAGAAGGCGGAGGAGAACGGUUAUGUUCAGGAUAAACCUAGUUUUACGUCUUCCUCUACUAAGAACACUUCUGAAUCGCCAGUAAAGGAGAAUUUGACUCCAUCGGCUACACCAACGACAGCCCCAAGUGAAAUUUCGCCAAGUGUAACUCAAAUGAAAUAUCGUUGGUCGUUUUCCUCUUCUAAGAGAAGCUUUGGAAGUAGCAAAGAUGAAGCCUUCUUUGAUACAAAUCAAUGGUUACAAUCCGAUUCUGAAGAUGAUUUCUUCAGCGUCAAAGGAGAGUUCACUCCUUCACGUGGAAACACUCCAAAGUGUAGUUUUUCAGAUAAACAUCCUCGUUUCCACAACCCUUUGUUCGAAGAAGAGAAGCCUCGAGCAGCAUCGUUUUCGUAUGCUCCAGCACCACGAAGGAAGAAACUAGCCGAGCUUUUCAGAGAGAGUGUAAGAGAACAACGAGAAGUAAUUUUUGAAGAAUCAUUAGAAAGUCAAAGUGAAGAAAGUAAAAAAUCAUCUGGUGAUAACUCUGGUGAGCUCGAUGUCAUUGAAGAUUCUGAAAAGGAUAAAUCUAUGAAUAACCAUCAUCGAUGUCUUCCUAGAUUAUCUGCUUUAAAGGGAAAUUUAAUGGAGAAGAGAAAGAAGAAGAAGAAAAAAAUUCAAAUGACAUAACACUGAAAUUUUGAAUCCUUUUUUAUUUAUGAUCAAAAAUGUGAAAACUUCAGCUCUAAAUAAUUUUAUUCUGGUUAUAUAAGAAUUUGCUACGAUGAAUAAGAUGACAAAAAAAAAAUCACUUCGAGGAAGAGAAGUUUUGUACGAUUUUAAUGUUAGUUUUUGAAUCAUUUGCUGGUCAAAUUUGUAUUGGCUAAAGUUUUUUUUUUGGGUUUAGAUUAGUGGCACCGGCAAUUCUAAUAAAAAUUGUUGGUUUUUGAGAAAAUCAUAUAUUAU